AUGAUCUCAAACGGGCUAGAAACGGUGCAGCAGAAUGGGCGAUCGGGUUCGAUUGGCAGCGGUCAGGAGGAUAGCAAGACGAACCUGAUCGUCAACUACCUGCCGCAGACUAUGACCCAGGAGGAGGUGAAGUCGCUGUUCUCCAGCAUCGGUGACGUCGAGAGCUGCAAGUUGAUCCGCGACAAGGUCACAGGACAGAGCCUGGGAUAUGGGUUCGUCAACUACCACCGGCCAGAGGACGCUGAGAAGGCGAUCAACACGUUCAACGGGCUGCGACUGCAAAAUAAAACGAUCAAGGUGUCAUUCGCACGCCCCAGCUCGGACGCCAUCAAGGGUGCCAACCUGUACGUGUCUGGGUUGUCGAAGAGCAUGACGCAGCAGGACCUCGAGAACCUGUUCAACGCGUACGGGCAGAUCAUCACCUCCCGCAUACUAUGUGAUAACAUAACCGGCCUAUCGAAGGGUGUCGGCUUCAUCCGGUUCGAUCAGCGUUCGGAGGCGGAACGUGCGAUCCAGCAGUUGAAUGGUACCACUCCAAAGGGCGCCUCGGAACCUAUCACGGUGAAGUUCGCCAACAAUCCUAGCAAUAACAUCAACAAGGCGAUUCCGCCAUUAGCGGCGUACCUAACACCAACACCGAACCUGCGCCGUUUCCCACCGGGACCGAUACAUCCGCUCAGCGGUCGAUUCAGCCUACCGUCGAACUUCAGCCGCUACUCGCCGUUGACGGGCGACCUCGGCAGCUCAGUAUUAUCCGCAAACGCAAUCAACGGUUCCGGCUGGUGCAUUUUCGUCUACAACCUCGCACCAGAGACAGAGGAGAACGUGCUUUGGCAGCUGUUCGGACCGUUCGGUGCGGUGCAGAGCGUGAAGGUGAUCAAGGACCUGCAAACCAACAAGUGCAAAGGCUUCGGGUUUGUCACGAUGACCAACUACGACGAGGCCGUCGUCGCCGUCCAAUCGCUCAACGGCUACACGCUGGGCAACCGCGUCCUGCAGGUUAGCUUCAAGACCAACAACACCAAGUCGAAGGCCAAUUAAAAAUGGGAAAAAUUUUAAGUUUCUUUAAAAACCGUUAUAUCAACCCGAUCGUGACCCGGGCGUGGUAAGAGCGUGAGAGAGAGAAAGAGAGAGAGAG